AUGGGGUGGUUUAGAGCAGGAUGUAUGAUAUCAACAAAGCUCUCCGCCAAGAGAAAUCUCUGUGGAUUGCACAUUUUCAGAAUAGUGCAACCUUUCCCCUUUUCACCCAUCAGACGGAUUUUCCACAGCACAAUCACCAAACAAGAACAAGUGAAUGCCAACAGAAAAACAGACAAUUUCCUCGAUUCAGCAAACAGCGUCUACAUCGAGGAGCUCCAAAGAUCAUGGGAAGCCAAUCCAAGCAGUGUGGAUGAGUCAUGGGACAACUUUUUCAGGAACCUGGUAGGCCAGAAUCAUGUCAAGGGAAUGGCUGCAGCAGGCGUUGGGGUUUCUGGUCAGCAGUCGAUACAAGAGAGCAUGAGUUUGUUGUUACUGGUAAAAGCAUAUCAAGUAAACGGCCAUACCAAAGCCAACUUAGACCCACUCAACCUGGACUCAAACAAGGAUGCUAUUCCAGAGGACCUCGACCCAGCAUUCCACGGCUUCACAGAAUCCGACCUCGACAGGGAAUUCUACCUGGGAGUGUGGGACGAUUCGUCUGGGUUCUUGUCAGGGAACCGGCCUGUAAUGACCUUGAGAUCCAUCAUGAAUCGGUUAGAACAAACCUACUGCGGCAACAUUGGGUACGAGUACAUGCACAUCGACGACAGCAGCAAGUGCAACUGGCUGAGGAACAAGAUCGAGACACAGGAACACAUAACCUAUGAUGUCGAACGACGUAAAGUUCUUCUCGACAGGCUGAUAUGGAGCACACGGUUCGAGAAUUUCUUGGCUGUCAAGAAAAAGGCAGAGAAGAGGUUCGGGCUUGAAGGUGGUGAGACUCUCAUCCCGGGGAUGAAGGAAAUGUUCGACAAAGCUGCCGAUUUAGGUGUGGAGAACAUCGUCGUUGGAAUGCCACAUCGUGGGAGGCUUAAUGUGCUAGGUAACGUGUUCAGGAAGCCACUGGCACAGAUCUUCAGCGAGUUCGACAAGAAGGCUAAACAUGGUUUGAGCGACGAUGGCGAAGUGGGGGAUUACAUGGGGACUGGUGAUGUGAAGUACCAUUUGGGGACAUCGUAUGACAGACCGACGAGAGGAGGGAACAGGAUCCAUCUGUCUCUGAUGGCAAACCCUAGCCACUUGGAAGCUGUGGACACUGUCGUCUUGGGGAAGACGAGGGCGAAGCAGUACUACUUCAAGGAUUGUGACAGGACGAAGAACUUGGGUGUUUUGAUCCAUGGAGAUGGUAGCUUUGCCGGGCAAGGUGUGGUUUAUGAGACGUUGCAUUUGAGUGCCCUGCCUAAUUACUGCACUGGUGGGACUAUACAUGUUGUGGUGAAUAAUCAGGUGGCUUUCACUACUGAUCCCAGGUCGGGAAGGUCUUCGCAGUAUUGCACUGAUGUAGCCAAGGCGUUUAAUGUUCCGAUUUUCCAUGUGAAUGGCGAUGAUGUGGAGGCAGUUGCUCGUGUCUGUGAGCUUGCAGCAGAGUGGAGGCAGAUGUUUCAUGCUGAUGUUGUGGUUGAUAUUAUAUGUUACAGGAGGUUUGGGCAUAAUGAGGUUGACGAACCAUCUUUCACACAACCUAAGAUGUACAAGGUGAUUGAGAAGCAUCCUUCAUCGCUUGAGAUAUAUCAAAAGAAACUGCUGGAGUCAGGGGAGGUGACACAGGAGGAAAUCGACAGGAAACAUAACAAGGUGGAAUCAAUACUAAAUGAAGAAUAUGCAAACAGUAAAGACUACGUCUUGAAAAGAACAGAUUGGCUUUCUUCUCAUUGGGCUGGCUUCAAGUCCCCUCAGCAGCUUUCUCGCAUUAGAAACACUGGUGUGAACCCAGAAGUGUUGAUGAACGUUGGUAGAGCAAUCACUAAAAUCCCAGAUGAUAUUAAGGCUCACAAGCAAGUGAAAAGAAUCUAUGAAGAGCGUGCUCGGAUGGUCGAGAGUGGGGAAGGCAUCGACUGGGCACUUGCAGAAGCCCUUGCAUUUGGUACAUUGUUGGUUGAGGGCAAUCACGUUAGACUGAGUGGCCAAGAUGUUGAAAGAGGCACAUUCAGCCAUAGACAUGCCGUGCUUCAUGAUCAAGAGACUUGGAAAAAGUACUGUCCACUAGGCCAUACUAUGCCUGGCCAAGAUGAGGAGAUGUUUACUGUAAGCAACAGUUCGCUCUCGGAGUUCGGUGUGCUUGGAUUCGAGAUGGGGUACUCCAUGGAGAACCCUAAUGCAUUGGUGAUGUGGGAAGCUCAAUUUGGCGACUUCUCGAAUGGAGCUCAAGUUAUGUUCGAUCAGUUCCUUAGUGCAGGGGAAUCGAAAUGGCUGCGGCAGACUGGACUGGUUGUUCUGCUCCCUCAUGGCUAUGAUGGACAAGGACCAGAACAUUCUAGUGCUAGAUUAGAGCGCUUCCUAAUGAUGAGCGACAGUUACCCUUACGUAAUGCCUGAAAUGGAACCAACACUCAGAAAGCAAAUCCAAGAAUGCAAUUGGCAAGUCGUGAAUGCUACCACUCCUGCCAAUUACUUCCAUUUACUCCGCCGUCAGAUACACAGGGAGUUCAGAAAGCCUCUGAUAGUGAUGUCCCCCAAGAACUUACUACGACACAAGCUCUGCAAGUCCCAUCUCUCCGAAUUCGACGACGUGCAAUGCCACCCUGGAUUCGACAAACAAGGAACCAGGUUCAAGCGGCUCAUAAAGGACCAGAAUGGACACUCUGAUGUGGAGGAAAGCAUUAGAAGGCUCAUUCUGUGCUCUGGAAAGGUGUACUACGAGCUGGAUGAAGAGCGUGGAAAGGGCGAUAACGCAAAGGACGACAUUGCCAUUUGUAGGGUGGAACAAUUGUGUCCAUUCCCAUAUGACCUUGUCCAAAGAGAGCUGAGGCGUUAUCCAAAUGCGGAGGUAGUAUGGUGCCAAGAAGAGCCGAUGAACAUGGGAGCUUAUAGCUACAUUUUGCCACGGCUGGCGACGGCCAUGAAAGACACGGGGAGAGGUUCCUACGACGAGAUCAAGUACGUUGGGAGAGGAGCAUCGGCUGCCACAGCGACGGGCUUCUAUCAGGUUCACAAACAAGAGCAGUCUGAGUUCCUUCAACGUGCCAUGCAAACGAACCCCAUCCAAUUCCCUUGACGAUGAUGAAAGGUCAAUUCAGGGCUAGCUGGCUGAUCAAUUUCCGACUUGGUAAGUCCUAAGGAGAUGAAUUUGAGGAAUAAAGAUUGGACUUGGAAAAUAAUAUUGUCGUUUGGUUGAUAGAAUUUACUAUUU